ACACCUUCGGUGUUACAGUUCUAAGGGAGGGAGUGUGCGGGAUUUAACGCCGUAUUUCAUGUUCCCGGAAGGAAAAGUGACGCCUACCACUGUAGCGAAAACCAAUAGCAUGUUUACGGUGUUGACAAACCAUUUAUAAUGAGGGCAAAUCUGGGAAUCGAACACACGACAAUUGAGGGUGACAUUUCUAUGAACAGACUAACGACACAAUGGCGUUUUACCCACCCGGGGGCCCAACUCAGAUCGUGUUUUCCUUUGACACAACUGGCUCCAUGUCCGCUAUACUGGACGAGGUGCGGGGUCGCCUGCAGGACAUGAUACAGCGCCUGCAGGCCGACAUCCCGGGGAUAAACAUCAGUGUAGUGGCACACGGAGAUUAUUGCGACGAGGAGAUGUUCUACGUCACGAAACACGUGGACUUCACAGACAACGUCAUGGAACUGUGCAACUUCGUCAACGAGGUUGGAGGGACUGGUGGGGGUGAUGUAGAAGAAUGCUAUGAACUGGUUCUGCGACUUGUCCGCGGGUUGUCAUGGAAAGGGGACUCCCAGAAGGUCCUCAUCAUGAUUGGAGACGCUUAUCCCCACGAACCAGACUAUCCACUGAACACCCUCAACCUGGACUGGAGAGAUGAGGUUCAGGAAUUAUCGAACAUGGGUGUCCGAGUGUACGGCGUGCAAGUGGGUGGGGACGAGACGUCCGAGACCUUCUUCCAAGCCUUGUCCGAUCAGGGAGGCGGGCAGUAUCUGAAGUUGGAGAACUUCGCCAACAUCUGCACAUUUAUCAUGGCAAUCUGUUAUAGGGAGAGAGGUGAAGACUUCCUUCAGGGUUACGAGGCUGAAAUCCGAGCUGUGAAGGGAAAGCAGUCCAUGAACAAGGACCUCGAGGGUCUGUUUGGAACAUUGAGAAGAGAUGAUUCCAAGGCCAGCAGUCUCGGAGGACCAGGGGCACUCAUGUGGCCACUUCCGGACCCGAUAUCACCGCUCCCACUACAGAAGAUGCCAUCAGCUAGUACAACUGUACCGGUGAUUGGGGUGCCAAAAACUAAAACAAAGAAAGUAAAAAAGAUCAAUAAAAGGUGUACAGUAAAAAGAUCACAGCCAAGAAAGCGUGAGAAGACUGAAAAGAAAAGACUUCGAAGAGAGAAAGUCCCUCAAACUAAUUUCAUUUACAAUGACUAUCGUUGGUCACCAUGGCAACUUGCAAUCGUCCCAUCUCGAGAUCAUACUACAAGCGGAACGUGGAAAGAUGUUAGACAUGGUCUUGGUCUCAAGAAAUGUUGUUUGAAUCUCUUCAAGAAGUCCGGCAACAAACAUACCUUUGUCGAAGUUUCAGUUCAACCAAGGCCUCAUGCAAAGCGGCACGUGGUCAUGUUCAAGGUAUUGAAUGGCAACGUGUCUCCCGAGAACUGGUUCCGAGUGUUGUUUGGUCGGAGGAAGAUACAGGAUGAAUUAGAGAGAGUCCUAGACAGUGGGUGUAGGUUGUUUGUGCGCAAAGCGGAGUUGAAAAGAUCAAGACAGACAGUCAAAGAGCAAGCUAAAGACAUUUCCAGUCUGUAUGACUACGCGUGGCAAACAACAGACACAUGUCAUAGAGACGUAUAUAUAAAGAAGUACGACUUUUAUAUUUCUGGUGAUCCCCUGUGAUGUGUAUGUGUUUCGUAAGAGAGUGUGUGGCUGUAAAGUACAGCCCUGGAUAAAUAUGUGCAGGAGGCCCAUGGUUGAUGGAAAUGUUGAACGUAUAUUGUGCUUAUGAUAACCCCAUUCAGACAGAAGUACCUCUUCUAUGUCAAUCAUAACAUUGUCAGUGUGCUUGGGGUAUCUCACGCUGAGGUAUCUAUCGCAUUGUAAUAUGCCAUGUUGUGAACGUAUUUUGUAAAUAUUUAUGGUUGCAAAAUAAAUGUAUUUGGAUGAAUAA